AUGGGGCAGAUCCUCGCGACCGCCCAAGAAAAUUAUCAGGAGAAAUUCAACGGUGCCGCUGCGUCCCUAGAACAUCGUCUUCUUCCUUUCUUCUCAUCGUCGGUAUCGCCCGGGGCUUCCCCUGAUUUGGGAUCCCCGGAGAGGUGUUGAUUUCCGCUGUUAGGUUUUAUUUCUGUCGACGGAUCUGCGCGCUGUGGCUGAUCUCCCGUUCCUCCCCCCCCCUCCCCUCCCCCCCCCCUCCCCCCUCAAUCGACUUCUUCGCUUCAUUCUUCUCGCAAGGGUUUCUGGUCCGAAUCAGGCUUGAUCGUUCCAUUGCUGAGCGCGUUGGCUGCCGUUCUUCUCUCGCUUUGUUCUUCAUUCGUGAACGAUCGAUUUGAGAGUUCCGUGUGUGAUAGCAUCGCCUUGGAAUGGUCAGGGAAGGAGUGGCGGGAAGAACAGGUCAGGAAGAUUUCGGACAAGGUCUUUGAUCGGCUCUGGGACGAGUGCGUGAAAGAUCACCUGACCUUCGAGCACGUCUACAUCGCCGUCCUCACUGUCUACAAGUACGCGCGCUGCCCCCUUUCAUAUGCUGCGUCUCUUCCGAUUCCCUUCUCCGUAUGCCCGCUUCAUUUCCUGCAACUGUUUUUGCUUCAGCGACAUCAAUAAGCACUUGCCCGGGCCUCACAAUGAUCCUCCCUCCUUGGCGAGGAUGAAGGCUAUGAUGGAGGUAAGUCGCUGGAUCUCUAGAGAGUUUCUCCCUCUGUUGCACACCGCAACGACUGGUCUCAUCUUCCUUAGAAGUGGAUCAUUUGUAUGGUUCUGUUCAUCUGAGCUCUGCUAAUUCUAGAACCCUAGGAAAAAUUCCUGUAGAUUUUUGUAUCGAAUUGCGGAAAAUAUGGAGAUAAUCAUUCACAGAUGUCUUCGCGCAGGAGUACGACGUGAAUCUGGACGGGCUGCUCGACCGAGAAGAGUUCGCGGAGUUCAUCCGGAAGCUGACGGCGGACGCGUUGACUUCCGUCGGUCGGAACUUGUUGAUCGCCCUGGUGGUGGCCCCCGCCGUCGCUCUGGUCACGAAGAAGGCGACCGAAGGGGUCCCCGGUGUCGGCGCGGUGGUGCAGAGGAUCCCCAACUCCAUCUUCGCCUCCGUCGUGGCCCUCGCCGCCGUGCUCGUCCAGAACGCCGCCGACAAUGCCAAGUAG